AGGUGGUGCUCCGGGACCAGCGCCGCUCUGCACCGCCGGCCUCCUCCUUUCGUGUUCUCUGAUGGCGGGUUAGUGUCGCGAACCCCGGCGCCAGGCUAUGAGAACCUGUGCGGAACGUCUCCCCAGGCGGCCGCCGCCGCGCUUUCGCUUCAGAUGCUUCUCCGCCUGUGAACUGGGCAGCGCAGUUCGAGCGGCGCUCUCGGGCUGUCCCGAGGGUCCUGCGCUGCCCGGGCAAAAAAAGCAGCAGGCUGCCGGCGUGGCACCGGCAAGCCGCCCUCCUCCUCCCGGCGGGGCACAGCCGCGGCAGGCAGCGGGACCCGCGCGGUGUCUGACGCGAGAGGAGCCGGGAGCCGCUGCACCGCUGGGUCAAACAACCGCCCGCGCCGGAGCCGUGAGGGGCCUCUGCGGAGGUGCGCUCAGGGGCUGCCUGCUGCUGGCGGGGCGGGCCCAAGGGAGCAGGGGCGUGGCCGAGGGGACUGGAGCGGGCCCGGGGCUGCCGCCAGCGCCGGCAAUGAGCAUGGAGCGGGCGGCGGGGAUGUUCACCUGCUGGGGAGCCGCGCUGGGGGCUGCCGUCUCCGUCCCCGUCCUCUUCCUCGUGGCAGCGCCCUACAUCAGGAGGUAUGUCGCCGGAGGACAGUGUAAGUCAACAGCUAAGCUGGACGGGAAGGUGGUGGUAAUCACAGGAGCCAACACAGGCAUCGGGAAGGAGACUGCCAGAGACCUCGCACGAAGAGGAGCGAGGGUGAUUGUCGCUUGCAGAGACAUAACAAAGGCAGAAGCUGCAGCCAGUGAAAUCCGAGCUGAGACAGGGAAUCAGCAAGUCAUUGUGAAAAAACUGGACUUGGCUGAUACGAAAUCCAUCCGGGCGUUCGCUGAGAAAUUUCUAGCAGAGGAGAAGGAGCUCCAUAUUCUCAUUAACAAUGCUGGGGUAAUGUUAUGCCCUUACUCCAAGACUGCUGAUGGCUUUGAGAUGCAUCUGGGAGUCAACCAUCUUGGUCAUUUUCUCUUGACCUUCCUAUUGCUGGAGCGUCUGAAGCAGUCUGCCCCAGCCCGCAUAGUGAACGUGUCCUCACUGGCUCAUCACGGCGGCCGAAUCCGCUUCCAUGAUCUCCAUGGUGAGAAGUGCUACAACCGCGGCCUCGCCUACUGUCACAGCAAACUGGCCAACGUGCUCUUCACCCGGGAGCUGGCGAGGCGGCUGCAAGGCACUAAAGUCACAGCAAACGCUCUCCAUCCUGGUUCUGUCCAUUCUGAGCUGGUCCGGCACUCAUUUGUAAUGACGUGGCUGUGGAAGAUAUUCUCAUUCUUCUUGAAGACACCUUGGGAAGGAGCUCAGACCAGUAUCUACUGUGCAGUAGCAGAGGAGCUAGACUCUGUGACAGGACAGUAUUUCAGUGAUUGCCAGCCAGCAUACGUAUCUUCAUGGGGUCGGGAUGAUGAGACAGCAAAGAAGCUCUGGAGCGUGAGCUGCAAGCUCCUCGGAAUCCAGUGGGACUGAGCAGCGCAGACCUCAAGUGUGUACCUGGCUGAGCCCAGCCAUACUUUUCCUGGGAAGAGCACUGCUGACAGACCUCAAGACUGGAACUCCAAUACUUUUGCUGCCCUAGUGAUGGCUGUAUGGACACAAUCUAAUGUGAAUUUCUGGAAUAUUACACUUGAUGAUUGAGAUUUAUAAGCAACCUGUCCCCCUUCCUAGCUGGUGAAUUAAAGCACCAAUGCAGGGAGCAACCUUUGCUUGGUUGGGCGGAGGCUAUUGUCCUCUGGCUUUAGAACAGAAAUGGAAGUUGCAGUCUUAGGUUUAGGUUACCAGGUAGUCUAAAGAAUUACCUUUAUCCCCCCCCAGUAAUAGUAAAUUUGUAGGACUAUUGAUGAGUUUAUUUUCAGUUCCUGCUAUUUGACCUGUCAGAGUGAAAGUACUUUAGACCAUUAGAUUUUCUGGCAAUUCCAUGCAAUACAGAUGAUCUCAAGCAUACAGAAAUAGGUGCUGGCCUUUUUGUGCCAAGCAUUAGGUAAAGUUUUUAAGUGGACUCAACUGUUUUUCUCAAUAUUCUUUGCAAGAGGCAGGACCCCUAGCCACUGAAUUAUCUUGGCCCCAAGUGCCCACCGAUGGCAGUAAGUCAACAGAGGGUUGGCAUAUCUUUUGAGAACCCGGGUCUCAGUGCAGGUGACUGGGAGGUUAAAAGUUGCAUGAGUGCUGCAAUUGUGCAUAGGCAAGUUAUCUUGCUAAAAAAGAUUAACAUCUCUCCUGUGAAGCAUGCGAGAAAAGAUGGUGUAAAAAUUGUCACAAUAAAACCCCCAGCUGCACUUUAAAUGACGUCAGAACUUCAAAAAAGAGAGCAGAAUGAGUAACAUCUCAACUGCGUUAAAAAACAACAUUAAACAGCUUCAGCUGAGGCUUUAGCUUUACAUGACAGCAAACUACCUAGAGCUGAAUAGUUGAAGCAGAGAUCAAGACUAUCUUGAUAUAGAUCAAGUUAGCUACAGGACAGGAAAGUAAGACUUGCACAGAAAUCCUUACAUGUAUCUGCCCAGCAGUUGCUGGCCAUGGCAGUUACAGGCCCUGCAGUACUACAUAGUAUGCAUUUCCAAAAGGCAGCUGUCAAUCCAUGCAGUAAUGGGACUGCUCCCUUGAAACCCUAGCGUACCUUGGUGCUAGGGUGUGAUCCAUCAUCACAUUGUUUCUGAAAGAGUUAAGCAGUUAGAAAACAAGUGCCACAGCUCGUAGGAUUAUCUUCUGCUUCUGGAAAAAAACCACCUUGGAAGUUUUUGGACUUGCACAUGAGCAUGUCACUGUGACCAACUGCCAGUUUUGGGAAACAAAUGGUAAUUUUAUGAUUAAUUCUUUCUGCCUGGAUGGCAUCUAUGCAGAACAGUCCUGUGCUACCUCUGAGCAAUACUAAAUAAAGCCAUUUUCCUUUU